AUUAAAUAAUGCCCAGACAUUCUUCUAGCUCAAGUAGAAGCCACAGAAGUAAAUUUAAAUGAUUGAAUUUGUAUAGAGAAGCAUAGUAAGAAACACAGGAGACACUCAAGUUCUUCUUCUUCUUCUUCAGAUUCAUCGUCAGAGCGCCACCAUUAAAGAAGAAGAAGAGUGAAUCAUAGUAGUCGUCGUUCAAGAUCUCCUCGGCCACGUUCAUCGAGUCCAAUAAAGAAGGUGUUUAUGAAUGUAUAAAUAAAUUAGUAUUGUUAGCCCAUUUAAUCCACAUCAAGCGCAGAGACAAUCAAAGAAUAUAGGGCCUAACAUAAUAUCUUUAUUCGUUCUUAACAUGUAAAUGUCCCAGAUCCUAUCAUGAGAUUUGAGGAUGUUUAAUGUUUCCCACAGAUAUUGAUGGACUUGCUGUUGAAGGCCGGUUUCAAAGGACCUACUGCCAUAUAAGCCCAAGGAUGGUCGAUUGCAUUAACAGGACAUGACCUAAUUGGAAUAGCGCAGACAGGUUCUGGCAAAACACUUGCCUUUCUUUUACCAGCGAUUGUCCACAUUUUAGCAUAAGUUAGAUCCCAUGAUCCAAAAUGUUUGAUAUUGGCUCCUACAAGAGAAUUGACAUUACAAAUAUAUGAUCAAUUUUAAAAGUUUUCAGUGGGAUCUUAACUUUAUGCUGCAUGUCUAUAUGGAGGAUAAGAUCGCUACAUAUAGAAAAGUCAAUUGCGUAAAGGCCCUUAAGUUUUGAUUGCUUGUCCAGGUCGUUUGAUUGAUCUAUUGGAUUAGGGUUGUACCACCCUCAAAUAGGUUAGUUUUCUAAUACUCGAUGAAGCUGAUCGAAUGCUUGAUAUGGGUUUUGAACCAUAGAUUAGAAAAAUUGUUGAUUAAAUACGUCCAUAAAGAUAAACUAUGCUUUUUUCUGCAACUUGGCCAAAGGAGGUACAAAAGUUAGCACUAGACUUUUGUAAAUAAGAACCAGUUCAUAUCUAAAUAGGAAAUGUAGAAUUAACAUCGAACAAAAUGAUUAAACAAGUAGUAUACGUGAUGAAAGCAAUUGAGAAAAAUUAAAGGUAUAAUCAAACUAUUGAUGGUUCAAAAUAUAUAUACAAGAUCAUCAAUAUCUUUGUUUUUUCAAAUAUAUAUUAAGGUUGCUUUAUUUGUUGAAAGAGAUCGCACAUAAAAAAAUAUUAAUAUUUUGUUCCACCAAGAAAGGAUGUGACUAACUUUAAAAGACUCUGGACCGAGAAGGUAUCCGAUGUCUAGCAUUACAUGGAGAUAAGAAAUAAAGCGUAAAGUUUUAAUGUAAAUUUUAUAGGAGAGAGAUUACGUAAUGAGUCAUUUUAGAAAUGGAAGAUCCACUGCUUUAAUAGCAACAGAUGUAGCAUCAAGAGGAUUAGAUAUUAAAGAUAUUGAGAUAGUCGUCAAUUAUGAUAUGCCUAAAGUCAUUGAAGAUUAUGUCCAUAGAAUAGGUCGUACUGGUAUUCAUUUCAAUUUAUAUAUAUAUAGGUCGUGCUGGUGCUAUAGGUUAAUCUAUAUCUUUUUUUGCUUCAGAUGAAGAUGCAAGAAUGGCUAAAGAUCUUGUUGAUAUUCUCAAAGAAUCAUAAAACGAUGUUCCUUAUGAUUUAAGGAGUCUUGUUGAUUAGAAUAAUAAAGGAAAUAAUUACAAUCCUUAUCGAAGAUGGAAUAAUACAGGAAAUAGACAUAUUUAACCUACAUUCCUUUAGCAUCAAAAUUAACAUUAGCAUCAAAAUUAACAUUAACAUCAACCAUCUCAUUAUCCAUCAUAAUGGCAAUUCUAACCAUUUAAUCCACAAAUUCUUUAGUAGAUUAAUCCAUAUCAAAUUUGAUGUUUUCAUAUAUCA